UUUUUGCCCGGUAUCCAAGUUGACCCAGCUAGACUAUCUUAUCCGUUUUCAACUUCUAGCUGGGUCCUUGGCACAGCCUCCUUUCUAGUUUCUACUAAGCUGAAGCUUAAACCCUGGAAGAACCUCCCCAAAAUCCCUAAACAUUGCCGAUGGGAAUUUCGGAGCUUGCCCAUUAGAGUAGCGCGCCAUCUAUCCAAGAAACCUGCUUUAGCUGCAACAAUGGUUUCUCUACCAACAACCUGGCUUUACCAAGAUCGAGGAUUGAGGAUUACAAUCUCACCACACCGCGUCAGGAAACCAGGUUUGCCUUCGCUAUUCCCGUCCGGCGUUUGUGCGAUUCGGUCUCGAAAGCAGCCUCGUUUACUUCAUCGGAUAAGGUGCGAGAACGAGGACGAAGAUGAAGGGAUUGAACAUGUAUACGUCGAGCGUCCUCCGUACCAUAGCUAUUUCGACUCCACGUCCGGCCAACUCGAGCCGGCCUCCGGUGCCCGUGCCAGCAUCCCGGGAGAAGAUUGUUGGCCCGAAGGCACUUCGGAUAGGGUUAGGGCUGCCAGGGCUCCGGCGCCGGCGGGGGCGAUAUCGGCUGGGUCUUCCUCUAACGGUCAAAAUCCUGGAAGUAGGAGGAGGAAGCACAGAGCAUCGGCCACGGGUCCUCGAUCUUCAGAUGCAAUCAUCGAAGUGAAAGAUUUGGGAAAUGUUGCUGCAGAAGAAACCAUUGUUGAGGAGGAGACGGCGGAGGAGCCCAGAGAUGAAUCUUCUGAGUAUGUGAUUUAUCAGAUGGAACCGGAGGUGGAGGAAGAAACGGGGUUUGCAUUGGACAAGAAAUUGGGAAGGCCCCAUCCGUUUAUUGACCCCAAGGUGAAGAAGCCGAUAGAGGGGACCCUUCCUGAGGAAGAACUAUGGUGGAACUGGAAGAAGCCAGAGGAGGAACAAUGGUCAAGGUGGCAAAGGAGGAAACCCGAUGUUGAAACGGUAUUCCUCAAAGCAAUGGCUGAAAAUGGGGAAGUUAAACUCUACGGCGAGACUCCCUCGUUGACCGAGACUGCUCUCUACCGUGCCAGGAAGCAUCUUUAUAAGGAGGAAAGGCUUCGACUUGAGCAGGAAAAACUGGAAAGAAUAGGCCCGAUGGCAUACUAUUCAGAAUGGGUGAAAGCAUGGCAGAGAGACACUUCACGCGAAGCUGUAGAGAAGCAUUUUCAGGAGACUGGCCAAGAUGAAACCAUGCAACUAAUGGAAAUGUUCAGCUAUCAAACUGAUAGAGAAUAUCGUAUAAUGAUGGGUACUGAUAUUCGCAUCAAGAGGGAUCCUUUAGCAAUGCGGCUCAAAGAAGAUCAAAUAAAGCAAAUUUGGGGUGGAGAUCCAGUUUACCCAACAAUCAACUACAAGCAGGAUCCAAAUGAAAUCAUUGAUUACAGGGGUCCAGAUUUUCACGAACCAACACCCAAUAUGGUGGCAUACCUAAAAGAGCAUGGCAAGCUCAUAUCCAGACACGAACUUGAACAAACUUUAGCAAAAGAGAAGACGGAACAAGUUGAAUUGACGGACAUGGAUGACGCCAUGGCACGAGCGGUAGACAUUGGUGAAAAUGAUGUCACAUUUGUGAAGGAGGAGGAAGAGACCAGUGAUGUUGAAGAGGAAGACGAAGACAGCAAACUUCCCCGCAAUUGGAGCGUUCUGAAAACCGCUCCUGAACUUCGCAAAUCAAAGCCCAAGGCCAAGAAGGAGGGUGCCAUGAAUCUGGAUGAAGCCAUAGAUGAUUCUGAGAACUUGACCGACUUUCUAAUGGACUUCGAAGAAGAGUGACUGUGUGUGUGUGUAAAUUGAUUCAGCAGUUUGUAGGCAGAGAGCAGCUUUGGUUUUGUAGUGAUGAUUAUGAAGAAGUAGAGAGACCAGUCCAGGCGCUGUGAGGACUCAAGUUUGCUGGGCCACCAUGGAAGCUUGCAUAGGUCCAGUAGCAGAAGAAAGCCCUGGUCUUGAAUAGGGCCCAAAUUAUAGAAGAUUCUUAAGCUACUCUAGUAGGCUACGGGAAAAAGGGAAUCCAACAGGGAAAAGUGUUUUUCCGGAUUUUGGUAAUCAGACUCCAUAAUAUGGUGCAAGGGUUGAGGGAUUGGUGGUGUUUGAAUUAAUCAGUAAUUCCAAGGAACCUACCCCAAAGUCCAAUCUACUCUUCUCAAAGAAAAGCCAUCCAAAUUAUUCAGUCGUUUUUUUUUUUUUGGGGUCGAUGUAUUUGUAAAUUGAUAUUAUUUGCUAUAACGUAAGAUGUAUUUGCAAAUACAUAAUUUGGUUUCGUGCAGUUAUGGUAUUAGAGACGACACGGAGUAAUUAUUAGAACACUUGAAUUUAUCAAAAGGGUCAACAAAAUUUGUAUGCAAUUAUGAAUUUUCACUCGUGUU